AUGGAGUUGGUAAUAGUAUCAGUGACUGCACGCAAAACUCUGCUGCAAAUCAACUUGAAAGACGUUCCUUUAGCAGAAGAUGUAGAUUUAGACAGUAUAGCUGAACAAUUAGAUGGUUAUUCCGGUGCGGACAUAACGAAUGUAUGCAGAGAUGCUUCAAUGAUGUCUAUGCGACGAGCUAUAGAAGGACUCUCAGUAGAGCAAAUUAAAGGUCUUAAUACUGCUACACUUAAUCAGCCGACACGAAUGGCUGAUUUCGAAGAAGCAGUCGGUCGUGUGUGCAGAUCUGUUUCAGCCAGUGAUGUUGAACGGUAUGAGAAAUGGAUGACAGAGUUUGGGGCUACAUGAACCGCUGAUUUACGUUUACCGAUGUGGACUUAUACCAUUCGCACAUAUUUGAUUGGCUUAUCCAGGUUUUUACCUUGCAAAUAAAUGUACUUGAUUGUCAUAUCUCAAACCUACGUAUCUCAAAUCAUCAGAUUAUAUGGAUACUACAUUCAUGGCUCAAAUGACUGAAUAACUGAAUCCAGCCUUCCAAUUAAUUGCGCUUUACAAUUGAGGAAAAAAUACAUCAAUUGCCAUGUUUUCUUGUUGGUUUACACUCGAACGUGUUGGUUCCCCUCUAUGCUUCCUACCCGUGAUGGAUAUUUUUUCACUUUACACUAGGUAGAAUGUUUUUGAUUUGAUAAAUCUUGUAUGUCUUUCAGUUGUCCAGAAAUAGGCUAAUACAAUCUUUGU